UGUGUUCAUACACGCCCCUGUUUUACAGAGACUCCCUCCAGUUAAAUCGCGGACUCGGUAAAGAAAGACUAUACUUUAUCUGCCAACACAUCGCUUUUUCUCGUGCACUGACAGCUUUCUGCAUCUGCAACAAUCUCUCACUAUGGUGUCCCAUAAGGAGUUUGAGACUGCAGGGAAAGCUCCUGGUCUGCAGAUAUGGCGCAUUGAGAACAUGGACCUGAAGCCAGUACCUAAGAAUCUCUAUGGCAACUUCUAUACGGGUGAUGCCUAUCUCCUGCUGUACACCACCACCUCACCCUCGUACUAUAUACACAUGUGGAUGGGCAAUGAGUGUUCUCAAGAUGAAAGUGGAGCUGCAGCUAUCUUCUCCACACAGCUGGAUGACUUUCUUGGAGGUGGUCCAGUUCAAUUCCGUGAGGUCCAAAACAAUGAGUCGCUCACCUUCCUGGGCUACUUCAAGUCUGGCAUCAAGUAUAAGCAAGGUGGGGUUGCAUCUGGCUUCCAUCACGUGUUGACCAAUGAUGUGGAUGUGAAGCGUCUGCUGCACAUCAAGGGCAGGAGGGCCAUCAGAGCCACUGAGGUGGAGAUGUCUUGGAGCAGCUUCAACAAAGGAGACUGCUUUAUCGUAGACUUGGGGAAGGAAAUUUAUCAGUGGUGCGGCAGUGACUGCAAUCGUUUUGAACGUCUAAAGGCCUCCCAGUUGGCCAUUGAUAUCCGGGACAAUGAGAGGAACGGCAGGGCCAAGCUGAUCAUGGUGGAGGAUGGGGCUGAACCAGAUGCUCUUACUAAAGUUCUUGGGCCCAAAUCCAGCAUCACCCCAGCAACUCCAGACGAUGAGGAAGUGGAAACCUCCAACAAGAAGAAGGCAGCAUUGUACAUGAUUUCAGAUGCCUCUGGCUCCAUGAAAACAUCUGUUGUGGCCCAGACUAGCCCGUUCAAGCAGGAGAUGCUUUGCCUAGAUGAAUGCUAUAUCCUGGACAAUGGAGUUGAUAAGAAUGUAUUUGUUUGGAAAGGACCAAAUGCUAACACAUCCGAGCGCAAAGCAUCCAUGAAAGCAGCAGAGCAGUUCAUCAAAGAGAAGAACUACUCUAGUAAAACACAGAUCCAGGUCCUUCCUGCAGGGGGUGAGACCACCCUGUUCAAGCAGUUUUUCUCUAACUGGAAGGACAAGGACCAAACCACUGGUCCAACCAGGGCUUACACCAUAGGCAAAAUAGCCCAUGUUGAGCAGAUUCCUUUCGAUGCCUCCAGCCUCCAUAACAACAAGGCCAUGGCAGCCCAGCACAACAUGGUUGAUGAUGGUUCUGGAAAAGUCCAGAUCUGGCGUGUGGAGGGAGGGGACCGUGUCCCAGUGGAUCCGUCUGCUUACGGUCAGUUCUUUGGGGGAGACUGUUACCUGAUCCUCUACAGUUAUAAACAGGGAAGUAGGGAGCAGCAUAUCAUCUACACCUGGCAGGGGCUGAAGAGCACUCAGGAUGAGCUAGCAGCUUCUGCCUUCCUUACGGUCCAGCUGGAUGACUCCAUGGGAGGAGCUCCAGUUCAGGUGCGAGUAACACAGGGUCAAGAACCCCCCCAUCUGAUGAGUCUGUUCAAGGGCAAACCUAUGAUCAUCCAUAGUGGAGGCACAUCCCGCAAAGAUGGCCAGACCAAGACAGGCAGUAUGCGCCUCUUCCACAUUCGACAGAGCUCUUCUAGAGCCACACGCGCUGUCGAGGUUGAACCAUCUGCUUCCAACUUAAAUACCAAUGAUGUAUUUGUGCUGAAGUCGGCAGAUUGUAUGUUUGUGUGGAAAGGCGCAGGUGCCAGUGAGGAAGAAAUGGUAGCUGCAAAGUAUGUUGUAAGUGUGCUGGGAGGACAAUCCACUGAUGUGGCCGAGGGUAAAGAACCAGCUGGAUUCUGGUCGGCUGUGGGUGGGAAGAAGGAGUACCAGACAUCUCCAACUCUACGAAAUAUGGUCAAACCACCACGUCUGUUCGGCUGCUCCAAUAAGACAGGCCGGCUAGUGGUUGAGGAAGUUCCAGGAGACUUCACUCAGUCAGACUUAGCUACCGAUGAUGUCAUGUUGCUUGACACCUGGGAUCAGAUCUUCCUUUGGAUUGGUAAAGAAGCCAAUGAAGUUGAAAAAACGGAGUCGCCAAAAAUAGCUAAGGACUAUGUCGAUUCCGAUCCUUCUGGACGUCAUGGGCUGCCCAUCACAACCAUAAAGCAGGGGGCCGAACCCCCGACCUUCACAGGCUGGUUCCAAGCUUGGGAUCCACAUAUGUGGGACACUGAUCCUCUGGAGAGAAUCCGAGCUCACUUUUAAAUCCAGAACAGUUUCCUCUUCUUUUCUUUAUAUAAGCACUUCUUAUUCCUUUGCAAUAAAUUGGAACUUUCCAAGAUUUUACACAAUCUAAAGAUUGAUGAAAUGCUUAAGGGUCCACACUAUAUUUUUGUUUCUUUUUUUUAUGUUUGCCAUUAUGCGAUUCGUCUUGGAUUGUAAUUAGGUUUUUAGGUACAGAUGCCAUUGUAGAAAUAACUCAUUUAUUCAAUAGGCAAAAGAGUCAAAUAAUAGGCGAGUUACUAUAAAAGUUAUCCGUAUUUGGCUGGUCAUGUUAUCUUAACACGUCUGUCCUCAUCAGGCAACUCACUCCAUGUAAAACAAAACGGCUUAUCUAGUACUACUGCUUUUACAUCUUGUGAUCAUUUUAAGCAUAACCAAAUGUACUGUUUCAAUAAGGGGAAAAUUAACAUAAUUAAAACUGACAGAUUCCAGAGACAGAUUACAGAUCCAUAAUUUUAUUGAACUUAGUCCAGUAAAAUGGAUUUUGUGGAUGUUUAGUUGUUUUCAGUCAGACCAGCUGUCAUAAUAGAAGAAAUCUACCAAACUGAUUAGCACUCAUAAUGAUGGAUAAGGUAUAGUUUCCUUAAGGUAUAGUUAACCUUUUUAUUUUGUCAAGUCUUUUAACUAUUUAAUUCUGCCAUUAUGGCUUCUUAACAUGUUAACAUUCUGAAAUGUGUGUCAAACUUCAUGACUAUUGUUUUUACAUCAUUGAUAUAUUUUCAGCUUUU